CAAUUUUGAAAUUUUUGCGACCUCAAAAUUUUGUCUCAUAAUUAAAUAUUAACACACAUCGUCUUGCCCCGUUGUUGCAAAUCUCAUUGACAAGACGGUCUGAAUACUAGCACCGAAAAACAAUUGAAUGAAUUAAAAGUCCCCGUGGCAGUCGUAAUCUUACGAUGGCGUGCGUCGUAGAGCAGUAAGUAAAGCAGUAGUAAAAGUGGUCCACCUGUUUCUCUCCCCAAGACUUGCAUUGCCCCAACUCGAGUCCUCAGUUCACUCCCAGCCUCUGAGUAGAGAACAUCUACGUCCAUUCCUCCUCCACCGCCUUUCCAAAGGGCUGCUUUGAUCCGUACGAGUAAGCCGAAAAAACGGGUCCGAUUUCUUCAAAAAUCUCUCUCCUCCAGUUGGAAACCAUUAGUUUUCCGUUCUUUGUAAUUUUGACGAAAUGCAGGACUGUUUCGACGAAACACUGCGGACGGGAUGUGGCCCAAAGUGGUGGCAGUGUUAAUUGGCGUCUGUGUGAAAGCCUGUUUUUUGACCAUGCAGCUUUGUAACGGAGGCUUGAAUAUAUACGAAACUUGAUAAUCAAACUGGAAUUGGAAGUUUUCGAUUUCUGGAGAGCGUUGCGUGUUGUGAAUGCUAAUUACUAUUAACAAUUGAUAAUAUAUAUACGUAAUAGGGAAGUUAAGUUAUUACCUGUUUCAUGUGGAGAUUCACUUCCUUGGUUUUCAGCAUAUUUGUCACCGAGUUUUGAUUAACUAUAUACUUGUUGUUAUUGUGCUGGUAAAGUUAGGUUGUAAGUUUUUCUACAAUAUUAUAAUAUCAUAAUAUUAGCAUUUGAUACUGAUGGAUAUUUCAUUAUUUUGUUACACUGUGGAGGAAAAAAGUGUUGUGAAAAAGUGACGAUCAAUGAUUUUGUGACGAAACUUCGUGGCUUGAGUGAAGGACGAAACAAUAAUAAUAAUUAUUGAAACUGGGAUCAUGUAUCAUUCAUUGAAAAUGGAUCAGUCCAGAUUUGGGAUCGCUGUCCUAUACGCCCUGUUUUGGACAUGUUAUUUAUCAGGGAUAGCAGCAGCUCAACAACAAUCCUUCCGAGUCAGACCUACCGACGUGGAAGCCAAAUUGGGAGACUACGCAAUUAUUCGCUGUGAAGUUGACAAUCAGGCUGGAAUGGCUCAAUGGACGCGGAGUGGAUUUGCACUAGGAUUCGACCGAGACCUGCACAACGUUCCACGACUAUCAUACGUCGGAGAUUCGGAUCGAGGGGUCCACAACUUGAGAAUUGAGAAUGUCACCCUGUCUGAUAUUACGGAGUACCAAUGUCAAGUGGGACCUGGGAAAGGCAACAAGGCCAUUCGCGCCGAUGCUCAUCUGAAUGUACUAGUUCCGCCGAAAUCAAUGGAGAUUACAAACCAUGGCCCCGACGCCACGAUCACGUUGAAGGAGAAAGAACAGACGGAAUUGGAAUGCGUUGUGCGAGAAGCUAGACCCGCGGCUUCAGUCAUCUGGUAUCGAAAUGAUGUCGUUCUCAGAACUGAAACUCGAGAAGAUACGACGGAAUUGGUUGACGUUGUUGUGUCUGGGACAACAAUUCAGAAGAACACGACCAGGUCUAAAAUUAAAUUUCUUCCAUCCUCUGAAGAUGACAAGGCUCGUUAUGUUUGUGAGGCGAGACAUCCAGCAUUGGUUCGACCACAACAAAUCUCUGUGCAUCUCAGCGUUCAAUAUCCUCCUGGCGCCCCACGUAUUGAUGGAUACAAUGAAGGUGAAAUCAUUAGAGAAAACCAGUCUGUAUCGUUGACGUGUAUAUCUAGAGGUGGAAACCCAAGUCCAGAAUUGAUUUGGUACAAGAACGAUGUCCGAAUUGACUCGACCUAUGCAACGUCCUAUCGGGAAUCUCGAAAUGAACUCACGUUCAUGGCAAACACAAGAGACAAUCUGGCCAACUUUCGAUGUGAAGCGACCAACUUGAUGAGCUCAAUCCCCAAAGUUGCUGACGUUGUUUUAACAGUUCAAUUUCCACCCAGAGAAGUGAAAAUCACGGGAGUAAACGAAGGGAAAAUUGGCGACAUGAUUACUCUCAACUGCGCGUCAACAAAUUCAAAUCCGAAAGCAGACAUAGCUUGGUUCAAAGGAGGAGUGAGUUUGGACAAUCCCUUCACAACAAGCUCAGUGUCCCCAGAUGGAGGCUGGACCACGCAGUCCAAUGUCACCUUUAAAGUGGAACCUGGUGAAGGGAGCUUCGUGGUGACCUGUCAAGCCAUAAAUAAAGGUCUCGGGGAAUCCAAAGUGGCGUCGCAUACUAUCAACGUGAUCCGUGCUCCGGGUCAUCCAGUCAUUUAUAAGACGAGUCUCAAUUUUAGCGAAGGUCACCUCCAUAAAAUUAUUUGCACUUCUGUUGGGGGUCACCCAGUUCCCAAUUUACAAUGGUAUCGUGAGGAUAAGAAGAUUGAGUCCACAAAUGAAAAGGAAGGAAAUACAGCCAAAGCAGAGUUGUCGUUAGUGGCAAAUGCUUCAGAUAACGGAGUUACUUACAGAUGUGAAGCAAAGAACAAGGCAUUGCAAACGGCGUACUCUGAGUCCGUAACGUUUCACGUACUAUUUCCCCCAAGGACGGUUUCUAUCAACGUAAAACCAAAGAAAUUGAAGGAAGGGGAGCGAGCGUACUUAACCUGCGAGUCCUCGUCCUCCAACCCUCCAGCAAAAGUUGUGUGGCAACGAAAUGGAAUCCAUAUCCCUGCUCACACCAACUCCACCAAGGACGGAGUCUACGGUGGCAAGAAAACGGUCACUACUUUGGAACUUAACUUAACUUCUGAACUGGACAAUGUCGCUUAUACAUGUCAAGCAACGAAUAGUGCUAUCAAGAAGAGCGUCCAUGAUGGCGUCACUCUUCAAGUUCUAUACAAACCAAAGUUCAUAGACAGCCCUGGGGAGAAAGUUAGCGUGGUUGAAGGUGAAGCAGCCGUGGUGAUGGUAAAAGCAAAAGCCAAUCCUGAUCAGAUAAAGUACAAGUGGUCCAGAAAUAACACCCCUCUCAAAAUUAAACCAAAGAAGCUAUUCUUUGAUGGGCCCGUGUUGAAUUGGACGUCAGUAGGACGCAAGGACAAGGGGAAAUAUGAAUGCGAAGCGAGCAAUUCCGAAGGUUCUACAUUGUACACCGUAGAACUUGAUGUCCAAUAUAAGCCUACCGUUGAACCAUCCUCUGAAUACGUGAUGGUAGGCGAAGGAGAAAGUGCGCACCUUGACUGCACAUCAGAUGCGAAUCCACUGGAUGAGUCGAUGGUGAAAUGGACGCAUGAGAGGGAGGGCAAAAUGUCAGAAUUGGAGUCAAGAAUAAGUCGUUCUUUUCAGGACACAAAGUCUUACCUCACAAUUUACCAAGUCACGUUGAACGACUCGGGGCUGUAUACUUGCACCGUUAAUAAUAAAAUCGGCGAACCUGCCAACGCAUCCAUUUAUUUAAUUGUCAAACGUCCACCCGACAUUGAUUUAUCUCCACAAAUCGCCAAGGCGGCUUCGAAUAAGGGAGAAACUGGAAAAUUAAUAUGCCGAGCCCGAGGAAAUCCUAACGUGACCUUCUCUUGGUCUAGGGAGGGGGCCUUGAUAGCUACUAAUGACUCCAAGUACUCCAUCCAAUAUAGCCGGAUUGACAUGAUGACUUGGGAAUCAGUUUUGUCCGUGAAGAACGUUCUGCCUCCAGAUUAUGGUUUGUACGAAUGCAUGGCACACAAUUCGCUUGGUGAUGAAACUCACCAAGUGCGACUCGAAGUGAGAUCAGUCCCGGAACCACCAAACGGUCUCAAAGUUGUAAACUUUACCCAAGACUCGGUUACCUUGUCUUGGAGUCCUGGCUUCGAUGGUGGGCACGACCAGUCGUUCAAAGUGAAGUGGUGGAAAGUUGGAGGUUUCGGCGGUGUUCGCACGGAUGAAGUUUUCCCAAAAAAUGCCACCGUUUACACAAUCAACGGUUUAUCACCAGUGACAGAGUUUGGCUUCAGUGUGGCUGGAAAAAAUUUGCUUGGUGAAGGAAACUACACGACAGAUAUUGUCCGGCAAGAAACCUCAAUUGGACCAAAUCCUUACGCUACUCCAGAAGGCGAAUUUCCAUCAAAUCCUUUCUCUCGCCUGGUUAUAAGUGUUUUCAUUAUUGUGGGCGCAACAAUGUUAUUCAUCAACAUUUUCCUCAUUGCCUGCUUCCUAAAAAGACGCUCCAAGAAACGAUUAAGCUCAGCUAGUGAACAAGGGAGCAGUAAAUCAGCAAUUGAGAUGUAUGGUCCCCCCAGUUCCUAUAAUGAAACUGUCAACGGGGAAACUCUCUCUUCUAUCUCGGAGAAAAGCGGAACCUAUUCCCACCCAGAAAAUCACGACGACGAUCAUCACUAUAUCGAGGACGGUGGGAAGGGCCCUGGAGCCAGCACUUACUUGGUAGAACAAAUCAAUCAUCAUCAUUCGUCAGGGUUUCCUUAUCGUGACAUUGGAGGCGUCUCGUACUCUACACUACCACGAAAAAUCCAUCACGGAGCUCCUAUUGAGCCAGUGAGCGGUCAUCCGGUCCACCACGAAGAUGAUGGCUACGUGGAUGCUCUGCGUAGAAAUGCGUACAACAAUCAAGGCGUUGGUGAUAAAACGUUAUUGUACGGUCGAACCACACCUCGAGUCGCAAGCCGUCCACCAAAUGUUCCACCGAUCCCAGAGUUAUACAAUAUCCCACCUGAAGCACGCUAUAUUCCAUUUCCUCCGCCCGGCUUUGGAGGCAGUCCCGUCGGCAACGGCAGUGUGCGACACUCAUCUUCUCACAACAUGCUCAACUCAGCCAUCAGCCCCACCAACACCUCGAGCUUCCAGGCAAACGGCCGUCUUAUCACUGCUAAUGGUCCCCUUUCUCCUGGAAGGGGCUCCAUACUGACCACAUUUGCCCCAAACCCAAGUCCUAUGAUGGAACAUGAGGGUCAUCUCGUCUGAUUUUUUAAUUUAGUCUGCUCUAAAUCAAUCCAUGUCCACCUCCACCGCACCUGUUCUCGAUCCCUUCCUCUCUCUCUCUAGCUCUCUACCUCUGUAUAUCUACACCACCAAGUACCACUAAAUCAGCAGCUCUGUGACUACUCUGAAGCUGAUUCAAAACCACCGAGAAAAAUAAAUCGUCACUUACAUGCACCCGAUGUAUUAUAUUGCUUACUCUUGUCGUGCUGCUAGCACUAGAGAAAGUUAUUUAGUCAGGAGAGGAUCAGCGGACGCGACUCCAAAGUUAUCUCAAUAAUUCACGUCUUAUCUUGCUAAAGUGGCGGUGCAAGUCAUUUUUAUAAAGUAUAAUAUAUAUAUCCAUAUACUUUGGACUAUUUGUAGUAAUUUUUCUAGUGAAGAUAAUCAUUACAUUAACUCUGAUAAAUAUAAGGGGAAAUAUUGUAAUAUAUAAAAAAAACGUAUAGUUAGCGUAUGGUGGUUUCUCAUAAAUUUACUUUAUUAAAGAUAUAAAAGUAAUAAUAAUAAUAACAACUCUCCGACCGAGACAACUCCUCCCAUCCCAAAAUACUUGUUAUUAUUCAAUACGAUACGUUUACAGCGUCGGGAACGAAAACCGAAACCCAAAGAUCUCUUGCGUCAUUUCCCUUCUGACGCUGAAAAUUUACGAUAUAUAAUUUGUUUCUAUUGAUUUCCUGAAUCUAUACGUAUUUAGCAUUAUUAUUCUCAAAACAGUUUAAUGUGAUUAUUAUUGUUAUUUUCUGAAUCUUUUAGUAAAAUCUAAAUUUGUAUAUAUUUAAUUUUUGGCAUUUAUUUAUUGAACAAUGUAUUAUUAAAUAUGUAUGGUGUUCUAUGAGCUUAUACACGAUUGGUUUAUAUUAUUUACUCUUGUUCAACUUUUGAAUUGCAAAUUGACUUAUUAUACUUAAUACAUUUGUUAGUCUGUAUCUUCUGGUUUUACUUAUGUAUUCUUAAAAACCUAAGUUACCGGUGAUAAAAAAGACCAUGUCACUGCAUAUUGCAGGGAGUUGGUUGAUGUUACCACUAAAUAGAUUAUAUAAUCUUAUGUGCUUAUUUUUUCUGACAAGUACCGUAAAAUGACAAUAAUAUAUUUGAAUUCAAAGAAAUUUUACAUACAAUUAUAAGUCGCCUUAAGUUUACUUGGGUAUUAAACGACAUCGAAUUUUGCGUGAACCAUAUUACUUGUUAGUAAUUAUAAUAAAAUGAAUUAAUUAUUUCAAGUUUAAAGAUUGGGUAAGAGGUUUAUGUAUUACCGAGAAACGAAUUUUUACGGGUAGGAUUUGGAUUAAUUAAUCACUUUACAUAAUUGGCUGAAAAUAUUUAUUACAAAAAGAAGGCUGAAUGACCUUGAUCUGCAUUCACAAUCACAUAAAAAUAUAUGUACAAGUACAGUAAACUUCAAUGGACUAGUAUUACAGAUGUACCGUAGGUGUGUGCAUAAUUUGGGUAAAUGGUCAAAGAUUAAUAAAUAUUUUUAUUCUCAACUGAAAAUGGCUAGAAAAUUCCCAAACAUGUGUAAAUUGUAAAUUCUAUUAUUGUUGAUAUUAUUAAAUGGUAAAUGUUGUUGUCGAAGUUGAGUCACUUAAGUUAUUUGUGGUAACUACAAAUAUUCCACAAAUAGAUUAAUGUAGUAAUAAUUGACAUAGUUCUUUAGAAAUGCACCAAUAUUUCUUGUUUCAGUCACAUUUUUUCAAAGUUUAAUUUAAUCUACAAUUGAAUAUAGAUACAUACAUAUGCAUAAUACGUAGAUCUUAUGAUUUGUAACGUGCUAUUGAAUAUUUGGUAAAGUCAGUGAUGCUAAAAGCUUACAUGUUAGGGUUACGAAAUAUUAUAUGUACUUGCUGAAUGCAUGACAUAGUUUAAAAGAGUAUUUAUAUAUUAUUAUUAUUUACUAUUAUGUGUACAUUAUUGUUACAUGUUAAAUGUGACAAUAGUUAAAGCACAUCUUCCGAGUUACAUUAUAGUACUUAAGCUAAUGACUAUAGAAUUAUAUUAUUAUAUAAAUUCUCCAGUUAUCCCGCAGUACGGUUAAAUUUAUUGUUAGCUUAAGAAAUAAGGCUAGAAUGAUAGUUUUUGCCAAACGACAGAAAUCUGAACGUUAGGAACUACAAAUUUUCUUACAAAUUGAAGAAGCUGGAAAAUGUUACAUCAGAAAAAUUAAUCGUGUAGCAAGUAAUUAAUGAACUAAAGACUAUAUGGUGAAUGAUCUAUAAUUAAAAUUGUAUUAUCAUAAAUUGUCUGUAGUAGUCGUUUGAAUUAGAGCUGCAAAGAAUUCCAUCUCAUGUGCCUUAAUUUUUAAAAGUUUCAAUAAAUUAGUGAACUGACUGCGUGAAAAAUAAA